AUGCGUCAGGCGAUCCUUCGUCGGCAUCCUUCCAAGAAGCUUCGCCGUGUUUUAGAGGACCCUUCCACGUAUAGGUUCCAGGUGCUUGUAUCAGAAGUUGCUGCAAACGUAAGCGGCCAGCCUUGUCUGCGUCGACAUGGCUACCGAGUGGACCAUGAGUACUUCUAUCCCGCCAGUGCCAUCAAGCUGUGUGCUGCAGUUGUGGCUCUUCAGAGAGUGGCAGAGUUCCAAGCUCGAGGCAUGAACAUAUCGUUGAACUCGCGUCUCUCCUUCCUCCCUCUGUACCCUGGAGACAAGGAGGAGAGCCGUGACCCGUCCAACCUGAACGGAGGGCAUAUCACCAUUGCCCAUGAGAUCAGAAAGAUGUUUCUGGUGUCGAGCAACACGGCAUACAACAGGCUGUAUGCCUUGAUAGGACAAAGGCGACUCAAUGAAGCCAUGCACUCCCUCGGUCUCUCCUCCGCCCACCUCUCCCACCCCCUCUCCCUCCACCUCUCUCCCCUCGACAAUCGGCGAUGCGAACCCGUGCUAGUUGGUUCAGAAGGCAAAGCCAAUGCAUCCGCAUUCUGCUUUGCUCCCAAGUGCAGCAGCCAUGAAUUGCCCCCAGUAGAGGGAGUGGAGGGGUUGCUGGUUGGGAGUGCUUAUAUCGAUGCCAAUGGCACCAAGGUCAAUGCGCCCUUGGAAUUCUCCCCCAAGAAUCGCUUGACUCUCGUUGACCUGCAGAACCUCCUUGUGCUGCUCAUGCGCCCAGACAUACAGGUAUUUGCAAGAUGUGUCGUGACUGAAACGAGUAGUCUGAUGUCUCUCCUCCUUCCAUGCAUUGCCGCUCCCGCCCUUGAUCCAGCUGCCGGGCUGCCAGCCAAUCGGAUUGGACGAGGGUCACAGGCUGCUGCUGCUGGAGGCCAUGAGGCAGUACCCACGGGAAUCCCGCAACCCCAGAUAUGCGGACAAGAAGUACACGGACGAUUACUGCAAGGUGUGGCGCGGUGUGAUGCGGUGGGGUGUGGUGGGGUGGGGUAUGGUGCGGUUCGAUGGGGUGUGAUGAGGUGUGUUGGGGUACUGGUGUUGGAGGCCAUGGGGCAAUACCCACGGGAGUCCCGCAACCCCGGAUAUGCUGACAAGAAGUACACGGAUGAUUACUGCAAGGUGUGA